AUCAUCAUGUUUGUGAUGCCAACAGAGUGCUUUUUAUGCACACGAAGGAUACACUGGUUUACGAUAGUGCCAAGAUAUUUUGCACUGAUAGAGGCGCCAGUUUACCUACUUUCAGGGAGGAACUCUGCAUGAAGAAGCUUUCCACCCAGUUAAAAAAUACCGAAGGACAACUAUAUUUCUGGAGUAGUAUUCUACUUUUGGGAAACCGGUUUGCCUCUAAUGGACUUGAUUCAAUGGUUGCUUUGGACCCUAUGGACGAAUUUAAUGUAGCCUGCGUUGAGAAGAGGAUUUGUCGACGGCCUACAGAUCCAGCUUAUGGGUCUUACAGCAACGGUGUAUUCUCCCCACAAGAAUUUCUGAAUACGCUGACUUUGACAUGUAAACAGGGAUAUGAGGUUCACGGUAACCCGAAGGUGACUUGCAUCACAGCACCUUCCACUACUACCCCACUAGCCACAUGCGCCAAGAUAUGUCAAAAACCAAGUUUACCAAACGGAAUUUUUAAAGGAGAUACAUUCAAUUCCGCAUUUGGAAACAAUGAACUGAGGGGAGUUUGUAACGAUGGCUAUACAGCCACACAAACACCUAACGCGACUUGCGACAUUUUUGGCACGGUGACUGUGAUGGGCAAAUGCGACACCUGUAAUCCAAGGUGUACGGGGGGACUGAUGUGUGGUAACGGAACCACAUGCCAAUAUGUUAUGGUGCAUACUCCCAACCGGACCAGCCUCCUCAUGCAGCAUAACGUAGUGCAUUGGGAAGCGGAGGUGGAGUACUACGACCAGGUGGCAGGCGAGUGGUUUGAAACGCAAAACUUUACGGUCCGCCUCCACCACGAUCCAAUCCGCAUUCUGAUGAAGGUCGGACACAAGGGCACGUAUUUCCGAUCGCGCAUCGAUAUAUACGUCCCGAAGAUCUACACAAUUUCACUCACCUCCACCGGCACCCCACCAAGAGAACUUUAUCAUCUCGCUAACAGCCUCUUUACUGUGAACACAGACUUUUAG